AUAGGGAUGAAAACAAACAUGGCGGAGAGCAGGACAGCAGAAACGGGUAGCGACGUAGAACUAGAUGAAAUCAUUACAGGAAACUUAAGCAAGUACACUGCUUUUCCACCAGGUUACUAUGGACAGGCAAAAAAAGGACAUCUUGUAUUUGAUGCCUGCUUUGAAAGUGGGAAUCUUGGACGUGUUGACCAUAUUACUGAAUUUGAAUAUGAUCUUUUCAUCAGACCAGACACAUGUAAUCCACGUUUUCGAGUCUGGUUCAAUUUCUCAGUUGAAAAUGUAAAAGAAUCUCAGAGAGUAAUUUUCAAUAUUGUCAACUUCAGUAAAACAAAGAGCCUCUAUCGAGAUGGAAUGGCUCCAAUGGUAAAGUCCACAAGCAGGCCUAAAUGGCAGAGACUUCCACCCCGAAAUGUGUAUUAUUACCGCUGUCCUGAUCACAGAAAGAAUUAUGUUAUGUCAUUUGCUUUUUGUUUUGACCGAGAAAAUGACAUAUAUCAAUUUGCUUACUGCUACCCUUAUACUUACACUCGUCUUCAGCAUUAUCUGGAUAAUUUAGAGAAGAGGAACAUGGACUAUUAUUGCAGAGAGCUUCUAGGACAUAGUGUGGUAAGUAGUAGAAGCAUUUACCCCUCAUAAUGUUUUCUUAUAAAUAUCUGGAUCUCAAUGGUGAAACAUGAAGCUUAAUCAUCUCAGCUAAUGGAACAAUGGACAUAUUUAUUUGCUACUGUCAGAGAAAUGAGUAUAACAUAAAAGCCCAACUAUGACGUAGAUAUGUUAAAUUUGCAACUGUCUAUGUGAAAUGAUAUAGAGAAGAUUAGUGAGGGUUUGUUUCCAUAGUUAUGAUAUGGAAAUAUGGUAUAAGCUUUGCUGAUAGCAUCUUCAUUUUCUUUAUGUUCACCAAUAUUUUGUUCAAAAAGCUAUAUUUCCUCAAAAUUGGACUGAUUUUCAUGGCUUUAUGUAAAAGAUACCUACAUGUAAAGCCUUUCAUCGAUAUAGGAUUUAUUUAUUUAUUGGAUUUAGAAAACCACUCAAGUCCAUAAGACUCUGGUUGUUCUGAAGACAGAUAUGAAUGAGGAAUACUUAAAUUUGCCUUUCUAAGUCUAAUAAAAAAAUAUGGAGCUCUCACUAACAUUAGUUGCCAGUAAGCUGUCUUUGGUCAAAGUCAUGCUAGAGCAAUUCUGUGGAAUUGUAAAAUCUGAAAUUUCAGCAUUUGCUAUGUAGGUGCAGAGAUCUCUGGAAACAUGUUACCA